AUGGAAAGAAUGAACCAACAAGGAGAAGGAGGAAAAUACGAGCAUUUAUUAAAGCAUGUGAUAGUUCGAGCCAAUCCAGCUGGUGCUAUGUAUCUCUUUCAAAGCAAAAAGGUUUUGUUUAGGUAUAGUGAAGAUUUAAACUUUUCUUUGGAAGCUGAUAGAAUGAUGGGACUGGCAGCCAAAAUGGGAACUAAACUUGUUGAUGGUCGAAUUGCCCAAACUACUCUUGGUUCAAUUUCUUCAAUAUUAGAUGCUUCUCAUACUCAUGGCAAUUAUUCUUUAGGAGAGAUUGCUUUAAGUGGUAAUCAGAUAUUUAAUACUCGAAAGUUCGGCAAUAUUUUAAGCAAAGGUUAUUAUAAGAUAAUUCCCCAUAUUUUUGAAAAAGAUGAAGAAGGUUAUUUUGCUCGGAUAUUUAGCCAAGGAGUUUAUAUUUAUGAAGGACAUCCUCGUGAAUGUUUUUUAGAAGAGGGAGAAAGAGGAGAAUUCGAACGGGGAAUAUUAAAUAGAGAUCCAGUUAUGGUUAAUACUACUAUUCAAGAAAACUAUUCUUCGUCUAUUGGAAGAGAUGAUCUAGUUCAUGUUGACGAUAUGAGACAGAGUGAAGCCACCUUAACAAGAGGAGUUCAGUAUGAGUGGUUUAUGCAUGCUUUUAGUUCCGGUCAACAGGAUAGCCGAGCCUUUCGCGGAUUAGACGACGGAGUAAAAGUUAUUUUAAAACAAGAUGGAGCUGAUUGGGAGUUAGCUUUUAUUGGGAGAGUGGAGAUUACUGAAACUAUUGGCAACCCUGAUAAUAUUGGUUCAGGAGUAGAGAUUGAUGACCCCGAAGAAGUAUUGCCCGAGUUAGAAGACGAGGCUCAAACCGAAGGACUAGAAGAAGCUGAACAAAAUAUGGAACCCGAAGCCGAACAGCAAAACCAAAAUGAUAAAGAACUCCAAGAAGAACUAGAACAGCAAGCCGAACCCGAACAACAAAAAGAGGAUGAGCAGCAAGAAGAACUAGAGCAGGAAGACGAACAACAUAAAGAAAAACACAAAGAGAAAAAGAAAGAAAAACAGAAACAAGAAGAAAAGCAAGACGAACAACAACAACAACAAGACCCAGAAUAUUCAGGAGAACAAGAAAAAGACAAAGAAAAUUUUGAUAAUCCUUGCUGUCAGCAAUGCCGUUACGGUAAAACUCCCCAAGAAAUAGCUAUAAAAUGGCAAGAGUAUGAACAAUCAGUAAUGAGCGGAAAAAGUUCAAAUAUUAACGAGCAAAACACCAAUCAAAGCAAUUCUGAUAGUAGCCAAUCUAAAUCAGAAAAUUUACCUAAUCAAACUAAAAACAAUCCCUCUUCAAACAAGCCCAACACAGCCCUCUAUAUCGGUCUAGCCAUAGCAGGAGUAGCAUUAAUCGGAAUAAUUGCUUACUUCCUCACUAGAAAAAAAGAAUAA